AUGGGAUCCAUCAAGGCAGUCAAUCUCCCCGCUAAGAACGCGGCCAAAGAUGUGAGCCAAAAGGCGCACCCCAAGGCGCAUCAGAAGCCGCGCGAGAGAAGUCCCAAUCUUCCCAACUUGGCACAGAAGCGCGCUUCCAGAAUCGCGAGCAAGACAACCAAUAUCACGGGUACCAGAACCACGCAUGACACUGCAUCCCAGAUCACGACCAAGCCUGCGCGACGAGCUACCCCUCCGGGCGCAGUACGAAUCUUGCCUCCUGAUGUAAGAAGACGUAACAAAGUUGAGACUGCUCUCAAGCUUGUGUAUGGCGAGACUAUCCCCAAGGCUGUGCACCGACUUGCGCACGAGUUUGGCAAGAGUGUACCCGACAUUACGGAUAGCAAGGACGAGUACCAGUGGACUCCAAUCGAGAUCAACUACCGGCUGGUAGACAACCUUUCGCUCGGAACAAAGAUUUGGCUCCACAACUUUACGAAUCUGCCAGGAUUUGUGCAGAAGGCAGGCCACCAGAAACCUAUCUUGGAGGUUUUCAAUCUUGAAGAGCAGUACCUCCUUGACCGCAAUGGCAUGCAAGACACCAGGUACACCCUUGACAACCAGUACACCAUUCUCGCUAUAGAUGCUAUGCGCAAUCCCACGGACCCGGAGACCAAUCAAGAUCGGAUUGCCCAUCGUGUCAAACAAGUCUUCGCAGCUGCUCUUGACGCUCUCGAUGAUCUAGAGCCUCUCGAUCGUAGUCAGCAGACUGUGUUCACCCUGACAAACCCCUACAUCAUCGCGACUCACAAGCGACUGAAGAAGGCUGAUCAUUUUCACUGGAGAAAGCUGAAUUGGCAAGUCAACAGCCCGAGAAGCGUGCUUCGAUGCUACGGUCAAAACGUAGCUUUUGACUCCGUAUCGGAGAAUUUGGCGCGCAGAUCUCGCGGCACCUAUGAAUGCUGGCUCGCAGCCAAGGCAUGGUACGAAAGGAUCAGCAUACGGGUUCCCGCUCCAAAGCUGCCGAAGCAAGGCCGUGGUCUUAGAUUGGAGGAUCACAACGAUGGCCGUGAUGACAUCUACUCUCUUUACGAGAAGAGAAACCUCGAAUUAUACUUCGGCUAUGGCAAGAACACUCUCAAGACUCGGCUUAUUUAUCGAGACAGUGAUGAUGAAACUGAUAAUGAGGCGAAUGGAAGCACCAAGUCCGCGACCGCCCCUGCGCUCGAGCCCAGUAUUCAGCUCGAUGCUGUCAAAUCUCCCGAGAAGGAUAAUCACCAGACUACUUCCAAAGCUCUUGAGAAAGUCAGCCAUCAGGUUGCUGCCAAAGCUUUUGAGAACGUCAACCACCAGGUUGUUCCCAAAGCUCCUGAGACCGCCAACCACGAGACAGAUUCUGACAAAUCUCUUGAGAAGAAUGAUAACAACCCCGAGGAUCAGCUGAACAAACUCGAUUCGAAUGUGAAGGUCAUCAUCGAUCUUACAGGAGAGGAUUGA